ACGUGUUUGGUAACGAGCACGUCGUGAAAACGUUUCGUUGAGUAACAUACCUGCACAUGUCCUGCAGCACAGUGCAGGGACAGGGUAGUUUCUGCAGGUUUGGAUCAUCAUACACUUUCGUUCUGCACAUCUGAAAACCUCCGCGGGGUCUAUUUCCUGGUGUGGCUUCAUCUGUUCCAACAAAAUGCCUGAGGGACCAGAGCUCCACCUCGCCAGCCUCUAUGUGAACAAAAUGUGUAAUGGGGUGGUGUUUACUGGAGCGGUCCAAAAAUCUGAAGUCAGCAAGAGCCCUGAGGUGCCCUUCACCUGCGAGGCCUACCGCAUCACAGCUGCUUCCAGAGGGAAGGAAGUGAAAGUCACGCUGACGCCCGUAAAGAGCAAGGAGCCCGAACAGGGAGCGCAGACAGACCAGGCCGACCUGCCCAUGGAUGUCGUCUUUCGCUUUGGGAUGUCGGGCUAUUUCCGCUUCACCACAGACGAUGAGUUACCCAAACACUCUCACUUGCGUUUUUAUUCCAAAGAGACGCCGUGCAGAGUGCUGAGUUUCGUGGAUACCCGCAGGUUUGGCAGCUGGCAGCCCAAUGGGACUUGGCAGCCUGACAGAGGGCCAUGCAUCAUGUUUGACUACAAAAGCUUCAGGGAGAAUGUUGUGUCGCAUCUAUCUAACCGGGCCUUCGAUAGGCCCAUCUGUGAAACCCUGCUCAAUCAGAAGUACUUCAACGGCAUCGGGAACUAUCUGAGGGCGGAAAUCCUAUUCAGGUUGAACAUUCCUCCUUUCGUGCCGGCCAGGACUGUACUGGAAGGCCUUGAAUCAGAAGAUUCAUGUGAAAGAGGUGACUGUGUGAAAAAAGAGAAUUCAAAGAAGAGCCCAUACGAAACAAAAACAAAGGUGGUGAAGGAGGAGGAGGUGGCGGACCUGCUCAGACUGUGUCAUACAGUCCCUCUGGAGGUGGUGAACCAAGGGGGAAAAGGCUAUGAUCCUGAGAAGGCGGACUACUCUGACUUUAAGGCAUGGCUGCGGUGUUACUACGUGGUUGGAAUGAAAUCUAUCCUGGAUCACAAUGGCAGAAGGAUGUGGUUCAAAGGCGAUCCAGGCCCGAUGGCUCCUAUAGUUUCAAAGUCACCCAAGGCAAAGAGGAAAGUAAAGAAAGAAGACGACCACGAUGACACACAAAAGAAAAAGGUGGCCAAGAGUCGCUCUGAAAGCACAACAAAGAAAAAAGUGGUCAAACAGGAAUCUGCUGCCAAAACACCAAAGAAAGAAAAGGAAGCACGUCCUCAGGAAGCCAGAAGAAAGAAGGGAAAAACACAGAGCGUAAACGUGAAGCGUGAAGAGACAGAGAAUGCACGUAGGCAGAAGAGAAGUCCUGCAGAGACGACUGCAGGCGAGCUGAGGCGGAGCUGCAGAUCUACCAGACAGAACAGCAAAUAAAGAUGGAAAAAAGAUGAAUGGACGCAGCCUUUUUAAUUUUUUUUUUACAUUUUUAAUAAAACCAUGUUUUUACAAAA